AUGCGGACGUCUGUAGUGUCACUUAGAUGUCACCGUCAUAGGGACUGUCUUGCUUACCGAGAUCUUCAGGCCGUUGCAGCCCAUCCAUUAGCCAACCAGGUUCAGCCUGUUGUUCAUAGAGGCCUUCAACACGUCGGUAUUUCUACCAAUUCUAACUACCACAACGUCAUACGCAAAGACAACUGUUUCUAUUCCGACUGGUAA